GGCAUCCAUGAAAGCGGAAAAGGGAAGAAAAACAUCUGACGGCAAAAAGGAGGAAGCUGGCAUAGCAGGACCGGUCCAGAUCCAGACCUUCGUGUUCUUCGAUCUGGAAACAACUGGUCUGGAUCACCCUCGCCAGAUCACUGAGAUCAGCCUCGCGGCGGUCCGUCGUGACCAGCUCCUGACUGGCACCGAGGUUCCGCUAGGUGGCGCCUCACUCCCGCGGGUCAUGGACAAGUUGACGGCCUGCGUUCGGCCCAGGCGAGACAUCCACCCUAAAGCCGCCGAGAUCACCAACCUCACCAACCAAAGCUUGAGAAAUCAUCGCGUGUUCGACGAAGAUUUGGUUAAAUCCAUGGUGCACUUGCUCAACCGCCAGGAGGGACCAGUGUGCUUGGUAGCACAUAAUGGGGAAAAGUUCGACUUCCCGAUUUUGAGGGAGGAACUAACUGAAUCCGAAACUGUAGAUUUUUUUCCACAAAAUGUCCUUUGUGCGGACACAAUGGUUGUCAUUAAGGAUCUCUAUGCCGGUCAGUUCAAAAGUUUCAGCCUCCCUAAAAUUCACGAGAAGCUGUUCGGCGAAGCACCCCCGCCAGAGGUCGCUCAUACCGCGGAAGGCGACGUGAUCACCAUGAUCAAGAUAGUGAAGAAGUUGGGAGCCGAAGAGAUCUUGCAGUGGAUGGAUAAAAAUGCAGCUGCAUUUGCCAUCUAAUGUUUUAUAGCCUGCUUGGCCGAUCCUUAAGCCCCGCCCACCUUCGUCAAAACAUAGAAAUGCAAAUAUUUGACAGACAAGCAGAUGCUCUCUCGUAGGUCGAACCGCUAAUUGCCACGCUAUCAUUGGUUGAACUUUGUUUGUUUCUUUGUUUAUUUAUUAUUUGCACGUAUUAAAAAGUUACAUAA